CUCUAUACACUUACUAAUUGAAUCUGUAAUGGAUCUUCUUGAUCUCUCAAAUUUUAGUUAUGUAGUACUGUUAGCCAUUACAGUAUUGUUUUUAUACAAAAAACUCAAAAGGUCUAGUAAUGGCAAAGCUGCACCCGAAGCAGGAGGUGCAUGGCCAAUAAUUGGUCACCUCCCAAUGUUAGGGGGACCAUUGGCCGCUCAUGUAACAUUGGGAAACCUGGUUGAUAAACAUGGACCUGUCUACACGAUCCGGCUAGGUGUUCAUGAAGCCUUGGUGGUGAAUUCAAGCGACGUAGCCAAGGAAAUAUUUACCACCAAUGAUAUGGCUGUUUCGUCUCGUUCCAAAAUGGCAGCAGCAGAACACUUGGGCUACAACUACGCCAUGUUUGGGUUUUCUCCUUAUGGACAAUACUGGCGUGAAAUGCGCAAAAUAACAAUGUUGGAGGUGCUUUCAAAUCACAGGAUCGAUCAGCUCAAGAAAGUUUUUUUCUCGGAAAUAGAAGGCGCAGUGAAAGAUCUGUACAAGUUUUGGGAUCACGAAAAGGACGACUCUGGACAGGUCUUCGUUGAGAUGAAGAAACGGUUUUCGGACUUGACUUUGAACGUUAUUCUUAGGACGGUUGCUGGGAAGAGGUACUCUGGUGUUGCGAAGGAAGACCAGAAAGUGGUGACACGAUACCGAAAGGCGUUAAGGGAUUUCUUCUACUUGACAGGCAUAUUUGUGUUGGGGGAUGCAGUUCCUUUUCUCCGAUGCCUGGAUUUGGGUGGCUAUGAAAAGUGGAUGAAGAAAACUGCGAAAGAGUUGGACAAUAUUGCUGGGGGGUGGUUAGACGACCAUAGGAGGAACGGACGUUGGGAAGAAACUAAAAAAGAGAAGGAUUUCAUGGAUGUGAUGAACUCUGCUCUUAAAGGUUCAGAUCUUGCAGGUUAUGAUGCUGAUACCAUCAACAAAGCCACUUCCUUGAAUAUGAUUUUAGCAGGCAGUGACACUACAACAGUUACCUUAAUAUGGGCACUUUCGCUAUUGUUAAACAAUCCUCAUUUACUUAAAAAGGCUCAAGAAGAACUAGACAUCCAUGUAGGCAAGGACAGAUUCGUGCAAGAAUCUGACAUCAGCAAAUUGGUGUUCAUUCAAGCCGUAAUCAAAGAGACAUUAAGAAUGUAUCCUCCCGCACCUCUCUCAGCACCCCGUGAGCUAAGUGAAAGCUGCUCUAUUGGCGGCUAUGAAGUCCCCGCAGGCACUCGGCUGAUCGUGAACCUUCACAGGAUCCAAAGAGACCCUAAAAUAUGGUCUGAACCAUCAGAAUUCAAGCCAGAGAGGUUCCUUACCACCCACAAAGAUAUUGAUGUCAGGGGUCAACACUUUGAACUGAUGCCCUUUGGCAGUGGUAGGAGAAGCUGUCCUGGAACAUCUUUUGCACUCCACAUGCUGUACUUGACACUGUCUAAUUUCUUGCAUGCUUUCAAAUUCUCUACCCCAUCCAAUGGUUUGAUUGACAUGAGUGGCACAGUCGGAUUGACCAACAUGAAAUCUACCCCAGUUGAAGCACUUGUCUCACCACGCCUUGCUGCUGAGCUUUAUAAACCAUAAAUGCGGGUGAAGAUUGCAUGAAUAAAGGAUGAAGAACAGGAAGAGUCAGCAUUUUGUUCUCGGAUGUUAGUAGUUGUUUUAUUAUUGGGGCAUUUGCCUCUGUUACUUACAACCCCCAUCUUCGACAGUAAUAAUAGUAAAAUGAAUAAAUAAAAGAAUUACUGUUUUUAUUUAUUAUCAGGUACCUUCAAGUCAAAAUAGUAUCAACUUUCAUUAAGUCCCCAACUUUGGAAAAAUCCAACAUGAGAGCAGGCCUAAGAAAAUGUGGGCAAUCUUCAAUCCAAUACAAAUAUAGUUAUAUCUUCAAUCCAAUACGAAUAUAGUUAUAUUUGGCAAAGAUUAUGUGCAGCCUUCUUUGAACAUAUUGUACCCUACAUGACUAGGAAGCCAUGCAUUCUGCUUUUUCCAUU